AGAGCGAGAGCCAUCGAGGACACGGCAAGAUGCAGAUCUUCGUGAAGACGCUGACCGGGAAGACCAUCACGCUGGAGGUGGAGUCCUCGGACACCAUCGACAACGUCAAGGCCAAAAUCCAGGACAAGGAAGGUAUCCCGCCUGACCAGCAGCGCCUCAUCUUUGCAGGCAAGCAGCUAGAGGAUGGCCGCACUCUCGCCGACUACAACAUCCAAAAGGAGUCGACGCUUCACCUGGUGCUGCGCCUCCGAGGCGGCAGCAGAGACGGCAAGAUGCAGAUCUUCGUGAAGACGCUGAUCGGGAAGACCAUUACGCUGGAGGUGGAGUCCUCGGACACCAUCGACAACGUCAAGGCCAAGAUCCAGGACAAGGAAGGUAUCCCGCCGGACCAGCAGCGCCUCAUCUUCGCCGGGAAGCAGCUCGAGGAUGGCCGCACUUUGGCGGACUACAACAUCCAAAAGGAGUCGACGCUUCACCUGGUGCUGCGCCUCCGUGGCGGCAGCCGAGGUCAAUACCCCAAGAAUCUCGAGCCCAACCUCCGCAUCCUUGCUCAAAAGUACAAUGAGAACAAACUAGUCUGCCGCAGGUGCUAUGCACGCCUACCCCUUAGGGCGACCAACUGCCGCAAGAAGAAGUGUGGCCAUAACAAUCAGAUAAGGGAAAAGAAGAGGUUUAUGUCCAAGUUUGGGAGCGAUUCUUGAACAUUGGAAGUGAUGCUGAAGCAACCAUAUACAGUCAUAUAUAAUGGAGUUUAAGUUCUGUCCUA